CGUUUGUUAUAUUGCAAGUAGUUGUCUCUAGUUGCAUUAUCUGAUGUAAUACUUUUGUUACUUCAGUUGGAGGAUAUGGUGAGACAGAUACGGUGAGACUGAGUAGAACUACUGAACUGAAUUGCCAACUCCACUCCAGAAAGUUUUGUACCUCAUCUGCUAGUCCAGUUUGUGACAGCUGCCUGACAUCUUUGACCAACAGAAUGCCUGAAGAGUCCACCUAUAACCUGCCACCAAGACCAGAAAUGAUAAGCAGCCAACCAGUCAACAUAGCUGCAGAUCCUGGAAAAAGGAAGAAGAAGAAAAGGACACGAGCAACAGACAGCUUUACUGGGAAGUUUGAAGACCUCUACAAACUGACUGAACUUCUUGGAGAAGGAGCAUAUGCCAAGGUUGUAGGCUGCAUUAGUGUCCAAAAUGGUCAAGAGUAUGCAGUAAAGAUAAUUGAGAAAAAAGAUGGGCACAGUCGUAAUAAAGUGUUCCGUGAGGUUGAAACCUUGUAUCAGUGUCAGGGUAACAAAAAUAUUUUGGAGUUGAAAGAAUUUUUUGAAGACGAUUCCCGAUUUUACUUGGUGUUAGAAAAAUUACAAGGAGGUACAAUACUUACACAUAUACAGAUGCACAAGCACUUUAACGAGAGGGAAGCCAGUAAAGUGGUGAAGGACAUUGCUUCUGCUUUGGAUUUCCUGCACAACAAAGGUAUUGCACACAGGGAUUUAAAGCCUGAAAACAUUCUGUGUGAAUUCGCGGAUAAGUGUGGUUCUGCAGAGUAUAUGGCUCCAGAGGUAGUGGAAGUGUACACGGAUGAAGCAACAGUCUACGACAAGCGAUGUGACCUGUGGAGCUUGGGCGUCAUCCUCUAUAUUAUGCUAAGUGGAUACCCACCAUUUACUGGUCACUGUGGAACUGACUGUGGUUGGGAUCGAGGGGAAGCUUGCAGAGCCUGUCAGCACAAGUUGUUUGAAAGCAUCCAGGAAGGGAAAUAUGAAUUUCCUGAAAAAGACUGGUCUUGUAUCUCAGAAGAGGCUAAAGAUCUUAUUUCCAAGUUGUUGGUUCGGGAUGCAAAAGAACGUCUCAUUGCUGCCCAAGUUUUGCAACAUCCCUGGGUUCAAGGGGAGGCUUCAGAAAUGGGGAUACCUACACCACAGGUUCUUCAGAGGAACAGCAGUACGAAGGAUCUGACUCUAUUUGCAGCAGAAGCAGUAGCACUUAAUCGUCAGCUCUCCCAACAUGACAAGGAGCUCAGCGAAGGGCAGCAGAUAAUUAUUAAGGCAAUGUGUUCUAUGCGGCUUUCCCCACCCUCAAAUUCCCGACUUGCAAAACGCAGAGCAAAAACUCAAGCUAGGAAAGCCAAUGGCACUUGACAGGAUGGCUGAAGAAUGUCCAGUGGCAUUAAUACAAUCAGAGGUAGCAAUAAGUGAACUGGGCAUCUAAUCAUCAGGAUAUAAACUGGUGCAAACAGCUAUGAUUUUAAUUCAGUACAAGAAAUUCAGGGUUAUUUUAAGGCAAAGUGUGCAUUUCUUAAAGCCUUUGUGUUCUGUUUUACUUCUAUUGCUAAGUUAUAGCUCAUGCAACUCUCUCAGGUAUGUAGACCUUAAACCUGUGGCUCAUGUCAGUACGUUUUACAUGUACAG